AUGCACUACCUCAUCGGAGACCAGUCAGGCCUGAUCAAAAACGUCGAGAUCCCACAAGCACCCUCUAAAUCAGUCAAAAGGAAACGAGACGAUAAAGGCGAGCCAAUAAAACCAGCUCCCAUCGUCCAAGUCUGGGGUCCACUAGACAAAAAUGCAUCUGUCGAUCAAAUCACUUGGUGUGUUGAAGGAGGAAGUCGUUCUGAUCAAUUCCUGGUGGCGAGAAGAGGUGGUCGUGUAUCUAGAAUGUCGAGUCAGACUGGACAAGUGCUGGAAUCGUUUGCUACUUUUCAGCCUAGUUUGGAUGAAAAGGGACAGUUGAAGCUCAAUAAGCAUCGUCAGCCGGAUCGCAUUAUUGGGAUAUCGCAUGAGGACGGAUCGAUACUCAGUUGUUCAAAUACCGGUCUGGUGCAUCUAAAUCGUAUAUCCUCUAAAACUGACACGACCAGCGAGUAUGAUUACAAGGACUUUUCGGCUUCGUUGAAUCAAGACAUGCUGUUUCGAAUGAGGACGUCACCGUCGAAUAUGAACUUGUUUGCUACUGGAGGUGACGAACGAGAUUUAUGUAUAUGGGAUUUGAAUAACAUGCAGAAAGAAGGAGCUACCAUUGAGCCCAUAUUUAAGGCAAAAAAUGUCCCACACGACUUUCUGGACUUACGAGUACCAAUAUGGAUUACCGAUUUGCAGUAUUUGACUCCAAGUCAACUUGUAACGUGUACAGGUUAUCAUCAAGUACGAUUAUACGAUAUGAAGGCUGGCAAGAAACCUGUCAUGAGUUGUGAAGUCGGGGACACAUCGCUACGAACUGUGACUGUGUUGAAUGCAAAUGAGGUUCUAGUCACGGAUACUACUGGUGAACUGACGUCGUUGGAUGUACGUCAAGCAGGCAAGUGA